GCCUUUUAAACCUGUUAUUGUCCAAUGUCAAAUCUAAACAUAACACUUGGCAGAGUUCCAGUCUAGUGUUUGCUAAGUGCUACGGAUUAAGCCUGAUGCUCCCUUGAAGCCAAAAAUAGGUACUUAACUUUUCAUUACCUUAACUACACAGUGAGUUGACAGGACACCAUUAUGAGAAGAGUGAAGUUCCUUGUAGUAUAGCCACAGUUUCACCUCUUUAUCCUUUGCUCAUACUGCUAGUUCAACAUCUGCUUAUUUAGUCUUGUGCCAUUACUACAGCUAUCAGACUUUUUGCCUGAAGAUGGGGAAUGGAGUCAAACCUUGUAGCAGAGUUUAUAGCAGAGACUGGCGCAGACAAGACUGUUGCUUACAGUUAUUUACAAGCAAAGGGAUGGGAUUUGAAUUUAGCUCUACAAGCUUAUGCAUAUCUCUCCGGAGAGUCAUGUGGUGGUGGUGGAAGUGGCGGUGGCGGAGGCAGUGGCACCAGACUAUACACCAGCCGGUGGACUGCUCCUGUAACCGAAGAAAAUGGAAAUUUAACCAAUGCCCAUCGGUCUUUCUCCAGACCAGCGCUUCAAAAAGCAGAUGCCAUCGAUGUAGCCGAUAUUUAUGUAACAAUUGUUCCAGUCAAGAAGUUAACGAGGGGCAUAUCCAGAGCCACAGACAAUGUGAAUUUGGUAUCAAGAGCUCGCUGUGACAUUGCUCUAGAUUUCAAAGAGAAUGCAGUAUGCAGUGUAAAUCAGUUUUUCAUAGAAACUCCAGUCUACACAUUCACACUUCCAGAUCUGACAAUAUAUCCUGAGGAUUUUCGAGGUUUCCUGGAGAAAGAUCUAAUCGAGAUGUCAAGUUUGAUAUCUUUGGAACAGUCUGGUCGUCUUAAUUGGUGGGCGGACACUGGUGCAUGUCAACGGCUAUGGCCAUUAGCAACCACUGGUGAUGGAAAUUGUUUGCUUCAUGCAGCAUCUUUGGGCAUGUGGGGUUUCCAUGACCGCUUGCUGACACUGCGCAAAGCUCUCCAUGGAUUUAUGACUGGCAGUGAAUGUCGAGAAGCACUGUGGAGACGCUGGAGAUGGCAGCAGACAAGAUUGAAUAGUGAGGCAGGGUUUGUUUAUUCAGAAGAAGAAUGGAGGAAAGAGUGGGAAAGUAUUGUUAACAUGGCAUCUACUGAACCAAGGAAGCAGGAGAGUGGCCGGAGACGCAGCAUGAUCUUUGAUAAAAAUGCGGAUGAAGUUUCAGAGAACGCAACUUAUGAAAGCCUGGAGGAAGUCCAUGUACUGGCACUGGCUCAUGUUUUGAGACGACCCAUCAUUGUUAUUGCCGACCUUAUGCUUAAGGAUGUGAAUGGUGAAGAUCUUGCACCAAUCCCAUUUGGAGGCAUAUACCUGCCACUGGAGUGCCCUCCUGCUGACUGUCACCGUUCACCACUUGUCCUCACAUAUGAUGCAGCUCACUUCUCGUCUCUGGUAGUCAUGGAGAAAGAGACAUUUGCAGAUAGAAUGCCUCAGCCUCCAGCUGUGAUCCCCGUGACAGACUCAGACCACGAGUUACUUCCAAUUCAGUUCAGCGUAGAUCCUGGUGAACAGUUUGUAUGGGGAAAGGAUGACAUCAAUCCACAGCUUGUUUCCAAACUAGUCCUCUCAAAUCGAGACAAAUUGGGUCUCUUACAUGGGUACCUGGAUAUUGUAAAUGUAUCGAUCCCUCCUACACCCAAGUCUGAAGAGAACGGUGAAUUUACAUCUGAAGUGGAGUCAGAUGGCAUCAACAGUCAGUUGAAUGAUGAAGAUGAAAUUGAUAAAAAAUUUGCUGAAGUACUGGAAAUUGACACAACGGAUGAUAUAGGUCUCAGUUCAUCUGAGUCAAACAUGUUUGGUACAAACCGAAGCAAGGCUGCGAAACAACUCCAAUCAGUUGCAAAACAAUUUGGUAGCAUUGGUAAAUCAAUGAGCAAGAAGUUGAAAAAGAAUUUGGGAAACAUCACCAAAAUAACAAGAAAUAAUUCACAGAAGAAAAGCAAUGGAGCAGGAAGUUACGUACCAUCAAGUCCUGUUAGGCAGACUACUAAACUGAACUCAAACCUUGUUUCAAAGUCACAAGACUACAUCUUAUGUGCUGUACUACAUACUGAGAAACGGCACGAGUUUCAGGAAGAGAUGGUUCGUAAUUACUUGCAGUCUGCACGCGAGAGAUUCCAGCAUGACAAAGAUCUCAAGCUGAAGCAGGCUGAAGAGCGUAAACAAAAAGAAGAACAGAAAUUGAAGGAUCUGGCAUGUGUUGAAGGCCCAUCGCAGUGCAUCAAUCCUGGUUGUGAUCAGUUUGGCACUGCUCUUACUAGUUACAUGUGUAAAGCAUGCUUUGAACAUCAGCGUGAUCAAGAACUGACCACCAUCAACUCACCAUCCUUACCUCGGGCCAACAAUAACAUGGACUCCUGUGCACCACGGUAUGGCAUUGGCAAAUCUCGUUUCUACACUGAAUCUGACAUCAAUUCCCAUAAUACAAUCAGUAGGCUUCCUUCUACACGUGUGGGAAGUAACAUAGACCAGACUCUGUACCUUUCAAAAUCCACUUUUUAUAAUGAUGUUAUAUGUUCAUCUACCUUGACUGAUAACCGGGGUUUGUAUGGCUUGUCAGGACAGGAGCAAACAGCAAAAAGUGGGGGAGGGUAUGAGAAUGCUAGGAACACAGGGCAGGAGCUUGGUGUCAGACUGGGGGCAUACAUACAUGAGCUUAGCCCAGCCAUGACAAGGCAAGAACCAGGGAUGAACUUUCAGAACUCUAAUUUUGGUAGACAAGAAUCAAAUAUAAGUUGGCAGGAUGAUGCUCUUAUUAGUGGAAGUGCGAAUAUAGGCCGUAGUGUAGCAAGCAGACAUAAUAUGACGACGCUCUCUGGCAGGUACAGUUAUGGUUAUAAUGUUACGCCAACUACUCAGGACAUUAUCAGUACUGUUGCUCCCUCGUUAAGACAAGAUGGUGUGGCACUGACGCAGCAAGAUCAAGCAGGAGGUGGGAGCAGUGCAACACAGAGGAUUCACAGCUAUAACUUAACACGGUCUUGGGACUCUACUUCAGCUGGGAGCAGAACAUCUGACAAACCAGCAGCACUAGGCAGAGCUGGAAGCCAGCAGGAAUUUAGCCAUAUUUCAAUGUAUCAGAGCCAAAACUUGGUGGACUCAGGGAGCCAAAGACCCCUCCCUCGGUCUACAACAGCAAGUGGUUCCCUGGGGACAUCCACUUCUGCUCGCAAUGUAUCUGUUGCAACACUGAGCCCACAAUCUAGCAAUGAUCUGCCAAAUGUAGAACGAGUUGGUCGUGAUAGCACCAGUUUGACUUCACGUGUUUCUGGUGGGAUUCGACUCCCGAUUACAGGUGCGCAGCCUUGUCGGACUAACAACUGCAAGUUUUUCGGAAGUGCAGAAUCUGACUAUUACUGCUCAAAGUGUUUCAAAGAGCAAGUGCAGAGUGGUGUUGUCAAAAGCCUUAAAGUUCAAGAAAUGAAGAGAUAAUGGGACUUUUUUAUUCAUAUACAGGAAGUGUGAAAUGUAGAUAAGAUGAUAAGUUUGGAUAUAUAUUCACAUUUGAGCCACAUUCUGGAUUGUAGAAGCAGAUUAUAUGAAAUUAAUUUUGAUCUAUACUGUAAUAUAGAUUUUUUUUUUAUGAUGGAAAGAUUGUAACAUUUUAUUUAUAGAAGUAUUGUAAAUAUAAUUAUAACUCCAGAAACUAAACUCGCAAAUUCAUCGUUGUCCAUAUGCAUCGAACAUCACAGAAUCACCAUUCACGUCUAAUAAUUCUAAAAGUGCACGACAGUGUCCUUGCAAAGAUUUUCAACCAACAUUGUGCUUCCUCCCAAAUGUUUAGGGUGUCCAGUUUGUAAUGGCUGGGUUCAUGUCCAUCUGCAGCUAAAAUCAACCAAGAUAAGCUUUAAUAUUCCCAUAAACAUUUUUUAUUAUCUCACUAUAAAUAGUUACCCAUUAAUAUUAAUAAGUAAAAGUAAAGUUGCCCCUGUGCUUAAUUAGUUAAACACUAUGCCAUGAAGUCAUAUG